AUGCCACGCGCCGCAAAGGACGCCACCAUGUUCACGGCGACGGGGCCCCACGCGCACUCCAAGGCGACGCAGGUCCCGCUCGCCAAGGCCGCCGCCCCCUCCGGCGAGACGCCGCAGCAGAAGAUUGCGCGUCUGCGCGCCGCGGCGCAGCAGGCCAAGGUUGGGCAGGAGUCGACGUUCGACAAGGUCAUUAGCAGAGGGCGGGUAUGGGCGGACCGAGCCCACAGGGUCACGGCGCUGAGCCUGAUCGCUGCCACUGGCAUCGCGGGCGUCGUGACCGUCUUCGCCCUCGGCGACAUGAUGAUCUACAACCGCCGGAAGCGCAAGGAAUGGUUCCACGAGCAGAACCAAAAGCACGCGAUUGCGCUGGCGGAAGCCCGACAGGCCGUGGCCGGCGGCGCCGCCACAGAGGACCAGAUCCUGCUGCUGAACCGCGAGCGCGCGGCCGAGGAGCAUGAGCUCGCCAAGAAGAACAAGCCGGGCAUCUUCGGCCGCGCCAAGGAGUCCCUGUUCGGCGGGCUCUCGAAGGAGGAGAAGCAGGGCGGCACGCUCGCUGCUUCGGCCGCGACGGACGUCGAGGACGCCGCCAAGGGCGCGUGGGACACUAUCCGUGAGAAUUCACAGCAGGCGAAGGACGAGGGGCUCGGCAUAUUGCAGGCUGUUGAGGAUAAGAGACGGGAGGGCGAGCAUGCCGUCGCGCAGCAGUCUGGCGUUGCAGGAGGCCCGCUGGACCACUUGGCUGAGGAAGCAACUGCCGCGGCGUCUCAAAAGUCAAAGAGCUGGACUAGCUGGAUCACCGGCCGGUGA